UGCAUGGUCGCACAAAGAGUCUAUCGACAUAACGUUGUAUCACAGAUCGGCAUAGCCACGCACAAAUUAAGAAGGGAAGGACAGCCUCGGCGAAACCGAAAUUUUUCUAACCCCAAAGCGUCUUAAAAAAACGGUAAAGACGAGAAAAUAUUGCGUCCGUAAUCGGACAUCGCUCGGGCAUACAGGGCUCCCGCGGUGACGGACGACCGGAGACAGGGAGAGAGGACGUUCAACGAAAAUGGUGGCGGUGCUGAACGGGAUAACGCCAAAGCCGGUUGUGCUCUUCCCAUCGCCACUUUCCACCGGGUGCUUAUCUGUAUCUUCUCUCUUCAGUUCCCGAAACGCCAUCAGUGGAAAUAGUCCUAAAUGGAAAAUCCUUCGCCAGGAACUCAAGUGCCAAGGCCGUUUUUCCUGCUUCUUUGCUGACGGAAACAAGCAGUUUACUUUUACAUUGCUUUUGGGUGCCUUGGGGUAGUUUGGCUAUGGCGGCUCCAACCUUUGUUGAGGCUGUUAAAGGUAGCAAAUCUUUUGACACUAAUAACUUGAUUUUCCCACAGCAGCUACAGACUUAUUUAGUUGAUGAUUGUGACAAUGAAGGUCUUCUU